GAGUAAUAUUUAUUGGUUCUGUUUCUCUUUUGGCGAUUGCAUUCUGGCUCAAGAUUGGCUCCAACAUAUCAGAAAUUUCUCUGAUUGGUAGUGCUGAUUCUGCUAGGCAUUUAAUGAGUUCUUCUCCACCAACUUUCACACUAUGCUUGUUAUAUCUAUUUCAAGCUCCGUUUUCUAUACUUUUAUCAUAUUGUUGAGUUAAGCCUAGCUGUGAGGGAUUUCUAGCCCAUCCUAAUUUCAUAGGUUUAGUUAUAAUAUAUGAGCUAUAAACUGUUCUUCUUUUAAUUGUUUGCUGGCCCAUCCUAAUAAGUAAUAUAGUGACUAUAGUUAUGUCCACUGAAAUUGUGAGCUAAAAGCUUAUUUGCUUUUAAUUCUCUACAAUUUUGCCUCUUUCUAUUGGUGUGUGUGUCCUUGAUUUGCCUUGUUGGUCCAUUUAACAGAACUUGCUUUCUCCUACUGAAAGAAGCCUCAACAUUCUUAGCUUUAUCUCUAGGUGUUUGAGAUGGGAAAUCCAUCAUAUUAUAGGUUGGCGAUUUUGGUAGUUUUGCUUCAGAACUUGACCAUCUGUUUGGCAGAAAAUGUCCCUGCUAAUUUUGUCUUUGGAGAUUCAUUGGUUGAUGUGGGUAACAAUAACUAUAUUGCUUCUCUUUCAAAAGCAAAUUUCUACCCAAAUGGUAUUGAUUUUGGUGCCCCAACAGGAAGAUAUACAAAUGGAAGAACUAUAGUGGACAUUUUAGGUGAGGAACUGGGAUUUAAUUUGACUCCUCCAUACUUAGCUCCAACAACAUCUGGUCCAGUGGUUCUGCAAGGUGUCAAUUAUGCUUCUGGAGGAGGAGGCAUUCUUAAUGAAUCUGGCCAAAUUUUUGGUGGAAGGAUCAACAUGGAUGCUCAAUUAGACAAUUUUGCAAAUACUAGACAGGACAUAAUCACAAGAAUUGGAGAGCCAGCGGCAAUAAAGUUGAUUGAGAAUUCACUCUUCUCAGUAACGAUGGGAUCAAAUGACUUCAUCAACAAUUAUCUCACGCCUGUUGUCUCCACACCUAAGCAACUAACUGUACCUCCAAUGAAAUUUGUGGGAGCAAUGAUAUCCAAAUACAGAAUUCAACUAACGAGACUUUAUAAUUUGGGUGCCAGGAAAGUAAUAGUGGUGAAUGUUGGGCCUAUUGGGUGUAUCCCCUACCAAAGGGCUAUAAAUCUAUCAGCCGGAGAUAAGUGCGUAAAUUUCCCAAAUGCGCUUGCGCAAUUAUACAACACCCAAUUGAGAGGGCUUGUGAGUGAACUAAGUUCCAAACUUACUGGAUCAAAGUUUGUCUAUGCAGAUGCCUACGGAAUCGUCCAAGACAUCAUUCAGAAUUACUCAUCUUAUGGAUUUGAGAAUGCAAAUUCAGCCUGCUGUUCUGGUGGUGGAAGAUUUGGGGGAAUAAUUCCAUGUGGUCCUUCAUCUAAAAUAUGUGCAAAUAGAAGCAAGUAUGUGUUCUGGGAUCCAUACCAUCCAGCUGAAUCAGCUAAUAUCAUCAUAGCAAAACGCCUGCUGGACGGAAACUCUCCUGAUAUUUGGCCUAUGAAUGUCAGGCAGCUCCUUGCAUCCUCCUAAUUUCAAAAUGACUACGUUAUUUUGUUUCUCUAUCUUCAUAGGGAAUUAAACAUUUAUACAGAGGAAAGUUCGUCAUGCACUGUACUGGUCUACUGCCAAAUAAGUAGUGAAUGAAAUUAUUUAUGAUUUUUCUCUUACAUA